GAUCAAGUGUCACUAUAACAGAAGGACAUAAUCACGGUGGUAAGUUUGCAGAACCUUACAGCCUGUCUUGGCCAACAGGGAGCUCACUUCAUUCAGCUUUUCUGAGGUUUUAAAGUCCACUGCCACCAUGUCUGAUGCAGAGGAAGUUGAGCAGGUUGAGGAAUACGAUGCUGUAGAAGUGGAGGUAGUACAGGAGGUAGAGGUUGCCCCUGAGGCGGCCCCUGAGCCAGAGGCAGAGCCUGAGCCUGAACCAGAACCAGAACCAGAACCAGAACCAGUGGCAGAACCAGAACCAGAGCCAGUGAUUGAGCCUGAAGAGGAGAAGCCAAAGUUCAAGCCCAGCGCUCCAAAGAUCCCAGAUGGUGAGAAAGUGGACUUUGAUGACAUCCAGAAGAAACGUCAGAACAAGGAUCUGAUGGAGCUGCAGGCCCUGAUUGACGCUCACUUUGAGUGCAGGAAGAAGGAGGAGGAGGAGCUGAUCGCACUCAAGGAGAGGAUUGAGAAGCGUCGCGCUGAGAGGGCUGAGCAGCAGAGGGUCCGAGCUGAGAAGGACAAGGAACGCCAAGCCAGACGUGAGGAGGAGAGGCGGAUAAGGGAGGAGGCUGAUGCCAAGAAGAAGGCUGAUGAGGAGGCCAAGAAGAAGUCAGCUCUGUCCAGCAUGGGCUCCAACUACAGCAGCCACCUGCAGAGGGCUGACCAGAAGAGAGGAGGAAAGAAAGAGACUGAGAGGGAGAAGAAGAAGAAGAUCCUGGCCGCUAGGCGCAAGGCGCUCAACAUCGACCACCUGAGCGAGGACAAGUUGAAGGAAAAGAUCAAUGAACUCAAUGACUGGAUGCGUCAGCUGGAGUCUGAGAAGUUCGACCACAUGGAGAGACUGAAGCUGCAGAAGUAUGAGGUUACAAGACUGCGCAAGAGAGUGGAGGAGCUCAGUAAAUUCAGUAAGAAAGGUGCCGCAGCCCGCCGCAGAAAGUAGAUUGGCUGAACCCAUGAGUACUUGCAAACCAAACUGCCAUCACUAUGGACACAUGCAGGAUGAAGCAAAUCACACUGUGGAGAAGGUUGCACCUCUGAAGAAACUAGUAACGCUGAGGUCCGCCCUGAGUUUUCUCAGCCAUGUCCUGAAGAAACAAGGAGCCUUUAGCUGCCAUUUAAUAGGAAGAAAACACUACUCAACAUGCUUGCCUCCUCACCCUCAACUCUGUGGUUCUCAGUAAUUUUGUAAAUAAAGUGUGACUCUUCAAGCCAUUUCUGUAGUUAUCAGAAGCCAAUAAAGUUCCUUCUUUUCAGAUGUGGAA